AUGGACGACACAAUGGAUCUGGCGAUCGAACGGCCAAUGGACUUGGCUAAUCAUGAGCAGGAGCAACAACUCCGUAUCGUUGAUGAACAGGUGGAAUACGAUCAUUUAGUUGUGUUGCAAGAGAGACAACGCCGUUGCUCAGAUCUAAAGCAGGAUCAGCAAUUUCGUUCCGUCGUUGAGCAGGAGGAUUUUUUCUUUCCUUUCCUUACGAAACACCAGCAGGAGCAGCAGUAUGCCAAGACAAAGAACACGACGAUUGCAACCAACACCGCUCCGCCGAUAAUGCAAUUCCAGAAAAACUUGGUGCGAAGCCAAUGCAGAGCUGAGUCGAUGAAGAUCUUUGCUUCCACCUUGAUUUGA